AUGGCUCUGCAGGAAUUAGAUGGAGGGCAUUUCAGAGAUCCUGCUGGCAAGGAACUGGCCCAGGUUGAUGGUGCAAUGUGUGGUGUCACUUUUCCCUCAAGGAGAACCAGAUGGAAGAGAUACACCAUCAAUCCGCUGGGGUACAAAUGGGAUCACUUAAAUCUGACAUACAGGAUUGUCCAGUUUCCUAACACGCUAAACAGAGGUGACACGGAAAAGGCCCUGGAGAUCGCCUUCCGCAUGUGGAGCAAGGUGUCCCCUCUCACCUUUCAGAAUGUUCCUUCUUAUCAAGAGUCUGACCUUAGCAUUGGGUUUUACACCUUUAAUCACAGUGACUGUUGGGGCUCUCCAUUGCACCCCUGUUUUGAUGGCCUCAAUGGAGAAUUGGCACAUGCUUUCCUACCACCCAGAGGAGAAAUUCAUUUUGACAACCAUGAAUUCUGGGUACUUGGCCCUUCGCGAUUCAGCUGGAAGCAGGGUGUAUGGUACAACGAUCUAGUCCAGGUGGCAGCCCAUGAAAUUGGCCAUGCUCUUGGAUUGUGGCACUCAAAAGAUAUUGCUGCUCUAAUGCAUCCUAAUGCUACAAAUACAAGGACACGUCACUUGGCACAGGAUGAUAUCUUGGCAAUUCAGCAUCUCUAUGGUUGUGCAGCUGGAUCCACAUGUCAGCUCUCACAAGUUUGUGAAAAGUGUAAUAUGCAGAAACCAUGUCAUUCAAACUGUCAUGGCUGUAAAGAGACACCUGAUCAAAGAACCACAUCACUCAAGGUCAAAGUGAAGAUGCUUUAUGUUCCCAAGGGUGAAUCCGUUACUUUUAAUUGUACCCAUAACACACCUCAACCACGGCAGAGAAUCAGUUGGUAUAAAAAUGGAUCCCAUCUUAUAUCAUCCACCCCUGGAAUAAUCAAGAAGACUUCAUCUACUAUUGUCCUAUACGCAGAAGAACAGACCAAAGGGCGUUAUACAUGUGUAAUUCGCCAGGGAAGAAUGACCCUUGGGGGAAAGUCAUGGAAUCUCCGCCUCAUAUAAAACUUGCACAGAAAUGUGAUUCAUUCUUGCACUGUGACAUAUAUCAGCAUUACAGUGGAACUCCGGGCAAAUAGCUAAAUACACAGUUGGCACAUGUGUAUGCUUACUGUUUCACCUACCAAGAAUGUGU